UUUCAGAGGAAUGGCAGGUGAUGGCUCAAGUAACGAAUCAACGUUACGGGUUGCUAGAAUGAGCGAUUCUACGACAUUAGAUGGUACGAAAAAGACGAAUAUACCGGUGACUUUUAAACUUCCUGAUUUUAACGAUGAUGAAGAAAUGGAAACGAGUGAAGAUGAUGAAUUUGCAUUUUGUCCUAGUGCGGGUCAUAUAACAACGGAGCAGUUACUUGAUAGAAAGACAACUCUUUCUUACAACAGUUACAGUACGUCUUCCAUUGGGAUCAUGUUCUCCCACCCAUUGCUUUUGCUAAACAGAAAUCCGAAACGAGUGAGCAAAUUUUAUCGAAAACAGUCGGACCUCGUGGAGAAUUUCAAGAGAGAUAGCACCGCCAUCGAAGAACACCGACGACGGAAGCAAAAAAUACAAAAUUCGGAAGGGAAUGUUGAAGAGCACAUCGAAUCCAAAAUGAUAUUGCUUGAGGGUGAUUCCAAUUCAGAAAAAAUAUUCCCGGAGAGCGCUUCAACAAAUGGUAAACACAAAACACCUGCAGUAAAAGUCAUGAAAAAAGUACAAUCCUCAAUGGAUGUAUCGGCGGAUAAGGCGGCACGAUGGUUGGCCAUGACUACUCUUAUUGCUAACGUUUCGUUAGCAAUCGCUAAGACUGCAGCAGCAUAUCUUUCCGGUUCGUUGUCAAUAAUCUCUUCGCUAGUUGAUUCAGCUGUCGAUAUCACUUCGGGUUUGGUGAUUUGGUUAACGGAUCGUGCCAUUAGAAAACGCGAUCCGUACAUGUAUCCUAGAGGGAGGACACGUUUGGAACCUAUCGCUUUGAUAAUUGUAAGUGUUAUAAUGGGAGUGGCGUCAGUUCAAAUGGUAGUGCAGUCCCUAGAGUCAGUUAUCCAUGAUACGGUCAAUCCAAGAGUGGAUAUUUUUUCGUUAUUCAUUAUGGUUACCAUUGUAUUCAUCAAAUUCGCCCUCAUGCUCCUAUGUAAAAAAUUGGAUUAUAAUUAUUCAGUAGCAGUGUUGGCGCAAGAUCACUGGAAUGACUGUAUAUCCAAUACAGUCGCCAUAGUAUGUGCUUGGAUCGCAUCAAAUUACUGGAUAUAUUUUGAUCCAAUCGGUGCCAUUGCUGUGUCCAUAUACAUUGCUACUACUUGGUUUUUCACAGGAAAGGAACAUUUAGCAAUGCUUUCUGGCAAGUCGGCUGAACCAGAGUUCAUUAAUCGUAUCGUGAAGGUAUGUGUGGAGCACGACAAGCGAAUAGAUUACAUCGAUACUGUUUACGUAUACCACUUCGGCACACGCUUUUUAGUAGAAGUUCACAUUGUGAUGAAUCCAGAAAUGACACUUCGCGAGUCGCAUGACAUUAGCGAAGCGCUACAGACUAGUAUUGAAAGUUUGGCGGAAGUAGAAAGAGCUUUCGUCCAUUGUGACUACGAAUUUGAUCAUCUACCUGCUGAUGAACAUAAAGUUGUGUAAAGAUCGUUGCUGCCCUCCUUUCUACUUGACCAGUACAGC